AUGAAAGAAAUUUCUGAAGUUCAAAAUGAAACAGAGACUUUUGAAGAUGAUGAUUAUACAAAAGUUACUGACCUUUCAAAAUAUGUCAGCCAUAAAUAUAGAUGGCGUUCAUCCCAACAGCUUAUUAAUAAUAUAGAAUUUUGUGGUAAAGGAUUUUGUCUUCCACAAUGUAAUGCAGACACCUUAACACCACUCAACUAUUUUCAAAUGUUUUGGAAAAAUGAACUGAAUGAGUUUAUUGCCGAACAAACAAAUUUGUAUAGUGUUCAAAAAAAACUAAAGUCAAUAGUUACUACUUCAGGAGAAAUUGAGCAGUUACUUGGUAUACAGAUGCUUAUGUCUAUUGUAAAGUUGCCAAGUUGCCGGAUGUAUUGGGCAGCUGAAACAAAAUACCCUCAAAUAGCUGAAGUUAUGUCACGAAACCGAUAUGUGUGCUUGAGAGAAUGCCUACAUCUAAACGAUAAUUCAAAAAAGGAUGAAAUAAAAAACAAAAACAAUAAACUGUUCAAAAUACAACCAGUUUUAGAUCAUGUUAGAAAUAACUGCAUAAUGAUAGAACCUGAAAUCGAGCAUUCCAUUGAUGAGCAAAUUAUACCAGCUAAAACAAAAUACAGUGGCAUUAAACAGUAUAACCCAAAAAAGCCAGUUAAAUGGGGUUUCAAAAAUUUUGUUCGAGCAGGGAAAUCUGGCAUAAUAUAUGACUUUUUUUUGUACUCAGGUUCGUCCAACAGUGGUAAAAAAUGUACUGGUGCAUAUGUAGUAUUAAAGUUGCUAGAGAAAUUACCAAAAAAUCAGAAUUUUAAAGUCUUUUUUGACAAUUGGUUUUGUUCAAUGCAGUUAUGUCUUGCACUCAAAGAAUUAGGAUUUGUAGUAACUGCAACUAUACGAUCUGACCGGAUAAAAGGAUGUCAAUUAGCGACAGAAAAGGAAUUACAAAAACAGGGGAGAGGAAGCCAAGUUUUUAAAACAGAUGCUAAUUCUAGAUUAAUUUUAACACGAUGGUAUGACAACAAGUGCGUUAAUUUGAUUUCAACUUACUGUGAUCCUUUAUUAGUUACCAAAACAAAGAGAUGGGAUCGGAAAUACAAAACGUAUAUAGAUAUUGAUUGCCCAAGUGUAGUACAAGAGUAUAAUAAAUCGAUGGGUGGAGUAGAUUUGGCUGAUAUGUUGAUUUCUUUAUAUAGAACAACUAUAAAAACAAAAAGAUGGUAUUUAAAAGUAUUCUUUCACUGUCUUGAUAUUGCAAAAGUCAAUGGGUGGCUUUUUUAUCGACGUCACUGUGAUCAACUUAAGGUGCCGAAAAAAUCUCAAAUGAGUUUGUUAAAGUUUACUUCAGAUGUUGCUUCUGGUUUAAUUAAUUCUUGA